CGUGUGCGGACGUUUCUUCUCCGUUAAAAGUGAACAUUAUGGUUAAAUCGUAGUAGGACUCUUUUUUUCUUUUGUCAUUUGGCUGCUGCUACUACUAUAAGUAUUGUAAAUUAACUCAUACAUAUAUACAUGUGAACUUGUUGUGCAUGAGUGUGUUAGAAUAUUUGACUGGAGCUCCAUACAAUUUAGUGUAUGAUAAGUGGUAAUUUGGCGUUAAAUUUUUUAUUAUAUCUAUAAAAGUGAAGUUUGUAUGCUGAAUGUGUGUGUGGCAAAAUAAACAUUGAGAGUUUAGUGCAACAUUAAUUAAUGUAGCUUUAUGAUUCUUCUUCCUUUUGUAUAUUGCUACAUUCAAAGGAUUUUAAGGAAGAUAUUUUAUUCAAGAAGUUACAGCAAACGGUUGGUGUGAAAAUGGCUCAGAGUAAUAAUACAGAAGUAGCCCUCAAAGAGCGUCUUAUCGCCGCUGUUAAAAAGGAGGUCAAACAAUUAAUGGAAGAGGCUGUCACCAAGAAAUAUAUACACGAAGAGAGUAGUUCCGUCACUCAGUUAUGUGCCGCCGUCGAAGCUUGCUUGAGUCAGGGUUUGCGUCGACGUGCUUUGGGUUUGUUUAAAACCUCCUCCACCACAGCUCUGUUACAUAAAAUUGCCAAAUCCUGUGAGGAUGCCGAGUACAUUAGUAAGAAAGUUUUGGAAAUUGAAGCAGCCGAUCCGAGUAAACGCUCGUCGUCGAGCAGCGACAGUGUGAAUCGACCACCGAUGUUAAAGAAGGGUAGCAGUACUUCGGUGACAACGAUGAGCUUGAGUGGCACCAAUUUGGCUUUGGCGUCAAUGAAGUAUCUUUGGAUCCGUUUGUCUCUAUUCGAAAAGAAGCUCGCCAAAAUAAUUGAAUACUUAGUGGCGAACGCCAACACAUAUUAUGAUCGUGAUUCGCUCGUAGCAGACUCAGAUUAUGGUUCAAUAUUAAGCUCACUUCUAGUUGGGCCGUGUGCACUGGAGUUUACGAGAGUCAAAACUGCCGAUCACUACUGGACAGACCCGCAUGCCGAUGAAUUGGUCAAACGUCAUCGCAUAAGCUCAGGACGACGAUCCUCCUCAACUUGCUCAAGAGCACCGAUACUGAAUUUCAAACGCAGUCUUAAUACCAGCACAGAUGAGUGUACCACCGGCGCUGGCUUUAAGUCUAUAGCCUCCACCACAGUGGCAAAGGAUUAUGUCGAGUCGCUGCAUCAGAAUUCCAGAGCAACACUGUUGUAUGGCAAGAAUAAUGUAUGUGUGGUGCCGAAAGACGUUAAUGAGAAAAUGCCCGGGUAUUUGAGCCUACAUCAACACGUACAGACGCUGAUCAUUAAAUGGACACCGAAUCAGUUGAUGAACGGUUACAAUGAGGAGGAGGAAGAAGAAGCCGAAGAGCAGGAUAAAGAAUCCUACUGGGCCUACGCGCUUAAUAUUAAUGUUGAUGAAAUCGUUUAUGUACAUUGCCAUCAGAAUCGUGGCGAGGACAGCGGUGGUAUUGUAGUGCUUGUCGGACAAGAUGGCGUACAACGUCCGCCGAUACAUUUUCCCGAAGGUGGACACAUGCAACAGUUCCUAAGCUGCUUGGAGACGGGCUUGUUGCCGCAUGGCCAAUUGGAUCCACCGCUUUGGUCACAACGUGGUAUUGGCAAAAUAUUUCCAUGGCCGAAAAGUGUACGCCGGCGUAUUUUACCUUCGGUUAUGGAGUCAUUUGAUGAGACCCCGAUUGAUUAUGUAUUUCGUAUUGUGAGCAAAAGUAAACAUGAGGAAUUUGCUGCUACUCAUUCAAUUUUGGACUUUGUGCGCAGCACGCCAAGACGUGCGCAACUGAGCAGCUGCUCGACAACUGGUUCAAGUGAUUGCUCGAGCAAAAGUAUUUCCAUUGAUCAGCAUCCAUUGGAGUCCCCACUGGUUCAGACGAAGCAAAAUACGAGCAUUGAAAUGGUUUGUUCCACAAUGAGACGGCAGAUAAUAUCACGCGCCUUUUACGGUUGGCUCGCUUACUGCCGGCAUUUAUCAACGGUACGCACACAUCUAUCGGGGCUGGUAAAUGGACGUAUAACACCGGAAUUGAAAGCUGACGAGGAGGGUUUGACAAAAGAACGCUGGGAUGCAUUAAACGUCAACGGUGUGGUGUCAAAUGAAAUCGAUGUCUAUCGUCUGGUGUACUUUGGUGGCGUGUGCCCUGGCUUGCGUAAGGAUGUGUGGCCCUAUCUACUCGGGCAUUAUAGUUUCGGCACCACACCCGAAGAACGACGGAAUCAAGAUGAGACCUGUAAGCAUUACUACGAGACAACAAUGAGCGAAUGGUUAGCAGUGGAUGCGAUUGUGCAGCAGCGAGAGAAAGAGAAGACGGCACGCGCUGUAGCCAAAUUGAGUUCGGGCAGUAAUAGUGGCAAUGAUAAGACCGUGCGUGCAGCAGACAUUGAUACGGGUGACUUAGAGAAUGAGGUAUUCGAAGAUAUAUCUGAUAUUUCGGAUCCGGGUGAGCUCGAGUACGAUGAAGAGCAACAACGGCAGGCACAAAAUGAUGCGGUGGUGGGUAAUACACAAAACUACUUGACGGUAAAGCCGAUACCACGCGCUAUGAAAACCAGCACAGACUCGGGUAAUGUAGACGAAACAAUGGAGGAGGAAGAGGAUGAGAAUGAUAAUGAUGAUGGAGAAAUCGCACUAGCAGAGAAAAACGAUUUAACAACACAAACGAGCGAUGCUUUAGCGACAAACUCAUUCAUUGAUGCAGGCGUCAAUGAAAUCUCUUCGUAUCAAAGUACUAAAAGCGAACAAAUAUCGGCGGAAGAAACGGAAGAGAGUGCGCUACGCGGACAAAGUGAUAAGACCUCACCAUCGUCAUCUUCAUAUGAAACUGUCGGUGCGGGUUUCGGCUAUACAGAUCUCAACCUGCAUAUAUCCAUAUCGGCUAAUUUGAACUCAACCGACGAACCGGAGAAAAGUGUGCUCAGUCCAGAGUUUUUGAGUGCUGAUGAUUUGCCAGCGCAACUGGUGGGCGAUGAGUCAACGGUGAUUGCAGAAGAGCAGUGUGAAUUGCCAACAGUUGAGGCGAAUGUUGCUGGUCGACCCUCGGCUGUUAUUGUAACUAAUGCUUCGGUAGAUGUAGCAAAUUGGUUGCCCGGUGUUAAAACUGAUGGUGGACAAAUGUCGGCUUUAGUAGAACAAGGAUCGUUAGAAGCACAUGCUGAAGUUAACGCAGCUGGCGCAAAUACUAUUAUGGAUGCUUUACAUGAACCGAAAUCGGCUUGCGUGUCACCAGCGAGUUCGAAUGGUGGUGUUUAUAGUAGCGAAUUGCUGGAACAAUUCGGCCUAAAUUUGCAUCGCAUAGAGAAGGAUGUGCAACGCUGCGAUCGCAAUUAUUGGUAUUUUGCUAAUGAGAAUUUGGAUAAACUCAGGAAUGUUAUAUCGACCUAUGUGUGGGAGCACUUGGAUAUCGGUUAUAUGCAGGGCAUGUGUGAUUUGGUUGCGCCCUUGCUGGUGAUAUUUGAUGAUGAGUCACUCUGUUAUAGUUGUUUUUGUAAGCUAAUGGAACGCAUGAUAGAGAAUUUUCCGAAUGGCGGUGCCAUGGAUAUGCAUUUCGCGAAUAUGCGUUCUCUCAUACAAAUAUUGGACUCAGAAAUGUACGAUUUAAUGGAUUCAAAUGGCGAUUAUACACAUUUCUAUUUCUGUUAUCGCUGGUUUUUGUUGGAUUUCAAGCGGGAGCUAGUUUAUGAUGAUGUCUUCGCGACUUGGGAAGUCAUUUGGGCAGCUAAGCAUGUUGCUUCCAGUCAUUUUGUGCUCUUCCUCGCUUUGGCGUUGCUGGAAACGUAUCGCGAUAUAAUACUGUCGAAUAGCAUGGAUUUUACUGAUGUCAUCAAGUUUUUCAAUGAAAUGGCAGAGCGUCACAAUGCUCCGGCGGUACUCCAAUUGGCGCGCAGUUUUGUUUUACAAUUGCAAAUGAUAAUCGAAAAUAAAUAAAUUUUUUAUUGUGCUCGUUUUGAGAAAUAUGAACUGCACAGUUGCAAACAUCAUACAUACGUAUAUUUAU